CUUACCUUACGUUCUCUUUCGCCCUCUUUCUCUCAGGCUGUCUCUUUCUCCCUCUAGGGUUUACAUUUGUGAUUUUGAUUCUGGUUUCAGCUCAACCCAUCCCCAGUUCUACUUUGCAAUCGCAUUAGCUGCUAAAUUAUCGGGUCAUAUUGUGAUAUAAUCACCUGGAGUAAAGUGAUUAUAUUACACCGUCGUUUGGUCAUCUGUGAAUGGUUGGUUUGCAAGGGGACAGCUUUAAAAAGUUGUACCAAUAGGUGUCUGCUGGCUAGUAGCGCUCAGAAAGUGUAUUUCCCAUCAAAAUCUGACUCAGCUGUCUCCGGUACAUGUAGCUGAAACUGCGCUUUUUGCGUAUCCAUGCUGUCAGAGAGCAUGCGUGGAAUCUGUGUUUUGGGUGAUGCCCCUGACAAGAUUAGUUGCUGAUGCACUUGGUGUGGUUACGAUAUCACUUGUUGCUGUUUUGGGUCUUAUUGGUUUACUCUGCAUCUUGUACUCUUUUUACUUCCGAUCUCACAUUCGCAGUCAAGGUUAUAACCGACUUGGAUAUUUCGGUGGUCCUUGGGUCGUUCGCAUCAUUUUCAUCUUGUUUGCAAUUUGGUGGGGUUUCGGAGAGAUUCUACGGCUUGAAUUUCUAAGAACUGAAGGUCGGGUAUUACAUACCCUUAACUUAAGAUGGCCGGAUAUUGUUUGCAAAUGCUACAUCAUGUCGAACCUAGGGUUUGCAGAACCAUGUCUAUUCCUCACCCUCAUUUUUCUUCUCCGUGCAUCCUUACAGAAGACCGAGUCGGGCCCGUUGAGCCAGAAUUGGAACUUCCGAACAGCCAUUUACAUUCUUCUGUGUUCUUUCCCGAUGUUUGCUCUUCAGAUGAUGGUUGUUUUAGUUGGACCUCACUAUAAGACGAAUUUGGGAACAGACAAAUGGGGCCACUUUUUCAAAAUUACAUCCGAGGAUGAUGUCACCCGCUGCUACUAUCCUUUACUGAGUACCAUCUUUCUUGGUCUUUUCGCCACCGUGUUGACUCUCUAUUUGUUCUGGCUCGGGAGGCGAAUACUGAGUUUGGUGAUCAGCAAAGGGAUGCAGAGGAGGAUCUUUGUAUUGAUAAUCUCCAUUUCUAGCUUCUUUCCAUUACGGGUUCUGUUACUUGGCUUAUCUGUUCUAUCGAAGCCGGGUGAAACGGUGUUUGAGGUUCUUGCGUUCUUGGCUUUCCUUUCUCUUUUGUGUUGUGCCGGGCUGGGGGUUUGUAUGCUUGUUUACCUGCCGAUUGCGGACUCAUUGGCGUUGAAGAAUCUGCAAGAUAUAGAGGAUAGGAGAAGGAUUAUCGAAGAAUACAAUGAUACUCUUUCACUAAUCGCUAACCAAAGCCCACUAGACGAGUUUAUAACGAGCAGCGGGAGGAACUCGGUUGCAUCGGCAAAACAAGGAUCGAUCUCGUUCCGAACGAUGGAGAGAGACGAUCAUUCGGGAGGGUUUGUGGAACUAAGCCUGUUUUCUCCGAGUCAGCAUUCUACACCGAUUGGAUCGCCGCAGCUGCUGGGGUGGCCGAUGCUGCCGCCGGCAGCAGCAGCACCUUGAGGGAGGGAAAGGGUCAAUUUUGUGGUGAACAAGAAAAUGGAUUUGUAAAGGAAGGGAGGGAAGGGGUUAGAAUUAAUAAGGAUGAUGGUGUUUCUUAAUUUUGGUGUUUUUUUUAUGUGUUAUUGAGAUGAUAUGUUGGUUUGGAGCUGGUAGGUGACCCACCUUGUUUUUUAUGGUGGAAUUUAUGAUAUUAUGUAUCUCUCUAUUAUAUUCUGCUUCUGCUGCU